GCAGCUGAGUCCCCCUCCCGGGCAGGCUGCGGAGGCCCAGGAGCAGACGCCCGUCCCUGGGCCUGUGGUCUCAAGCGGGUGUCAGCAUGUGGUCACUGGGAGCAUGUCCUUGUCGCCACAGCUAAGGGGGUCCAGGCACGUCUGCUUCCAGGGAGCCCGCCCGUCAUGUCCAGGUGAGACAGAGGCGCUCGGUGCUGAACAUGCUCAGGAGGCUGGACAAAAUCAGGUUCAGAGGUCACAAGAGAGAGGACUUCCUUGACCUAGCGGAGUCUCCAAAUGCCUCGGACACCGAGUGUGGAGACGAGCUCCCCCUGAAGAUACCGCGGACCUCGCCCCGCGACAGCGAGGAGCUCAGAGACCCUGCUGCUCCGGGGACCCUCAUCAUGGCCUCAGGGGUCCAGGACUUCAACCGGACAGAGUUUGACCGGCUGAACGAGAUCAAGGGCCACCUGGAGAUCGCCCUCCUGGAAAAGCACUUCCUCCAGGAAGAGCUCCGGAAGCUGCGAGAAGAGACCAACUCAGAGAUGCUGCGGCAGGAGCUGGAGCGGGAGCGGCAGCGGCGAAUUGAGCUGGAACAGAAAAUGCAGGAGGUGUUGAAGGCCAGAGCCGAGGAGCAGCCGGCGCAGGCUCAGCCGACGCCCAGAGGGCAGAGCCAGGCCAACCACGGAGCAGACCGACGUGGCCAGGGACUGUCCUCCCGCCUGCAGAAGUGGUUCUACGAGAGGUUUGGGGAGUACGUGGAGGACUUCCGCUUUCAGCCAGAGGAGAGCACCGUGGAGACGGAGGAGCCCCUCAGUGCCAGGAGGCUAACGGAGAACAUGAGGCGGCUGAAGCGCGGGGCCAAGCCUGUCACCAACUUCGUGAAGAACCUCUCUGCCUUAUCCGACUGGUACUCAGUCUACACCUCUGCCAUCGCCUUCACCGUGUACAUGAAUGCCGUGUGGCAUGGCUGGGCCAUCCCCAUGUUCCUGUUCCUAGCAAUCUUGAGGCUGUCCCUCAAUUACCUCAUUGCCAGGGGCUGGAGAAUACAGUGGAGCAUUGUGCCAGAAGUGUCUGAAGCCGUGGAACCUCCAAAGGAAGACCUGACCGUGUCCGAGAAGUUCCAGCUGGUGCUGGACGUCGCCCAGAAGGCCCAGAAUCUCUUUGGCAAGAUGGCUGACAUCCUGGAAAAGAUCAAGAACCUGUUCAUGUGGGUCCAGCCCGAGAUCACACAGAAGCUGUACAUUGCGCUGUGGGCUGCCUUCCUGGCCUCCUGCUUCUUCCCCUACCGCCUGGUGGGGCUGGCCGUGGGGCUCUAUGCCGGUGUCAAGUUCUUCCUCAUCGAUUUCAUCUUCAAGCGCUGCCCCAGGCUGCGAGCAAAGUACGACACGCCCUACAUCGUCUGGCGGAGCCUCCCCACGGACCCCCAGCUCAAGGAGAGGGCCAGCGCCACCAUGUCACGGAGGCUACAAACGGCCUCAUCGCGGAGCUGCGUCUCCAGUGCGCCAGCUGGCCUGGGCAGAGAUGAGGACGCCGGUCGCUGCCACAGCACCAAGAAGGGGAACUUCCACGAGAUCUUCAACCUGACUGAAAACGAGCGUCCACUGGCCGUGUGCGAGAACGGCUGGCGUUGCUGCCUGAUAAACCGAGACCGGAAGAUGCCCACGGACUACAUCCGGAACGGGGUUCUGUAUGUGACCGAAAAUUAUCUGUGCUUUGAAAGCUCCAGAUCUGGGUCUUCAAAGAGGAACAAAGUCAUCAAGCUGGUGGACAUCACCGACAUCCAGAAGUACAAGGUCCUGUCCGUCCUCCCGGGCUCCGGCAUGGGCAUUGCCGUGUCAACACCAUCGACUCAGAAACCGCUGGUGUUCGGGGCCAUGGUGCACAGGGACGAGGCCUUCGAGACCAUCUUCAGCCAGUACGUGAAGAUCACCUCGGCCGGAGCCUCUGGUGGUGACAGCUAGUACUGACCCCCGCCGCCGCAGGACCUUCACGCCCUCGACGCGGGGCAGAUGGACUUGCCACGCUGCUCCUCGGCCUGUGGUUGCCGUGGCAUUGACCGUGCUCCACGGACCCCUUCACUGAGGGGCUGCAGCUCAUGAGGACGGCACAGAAGCCCCUGCCAGGCACGUGGGGCCCCUGGUGGACACCUGUAGACACAGGUGGGCAGAGGGUCCUCAAGGCCUGUUAGAGGAUGACAUGCAGGACCCUCGCCAUCCCCACCAGGCACAGCUCCUUGUCCAUCCCAGCCUCAGUAGAGACCUGGCCCCGGCCACCCCAGGGGCUCCUGCAGCCCCCGAGUCCCAGUCUCGGAAAGCCAGAGGCCGCCCCCUAAAGCCAUAGCUGAGCACGUCUGUGGCCCUCCUGCUGCGGUUAGGAAGUGUCACUGCUGGGUGCGGAGGUCCUCAGAGUAGGGGUUUGGGGGGCAGGGGCUUCCCUCACCAGCUGCCGCAUCCACCUGCCCAUCUUGGCCCCUGGGCUGGCGACCCGCGAGGGUGCAGGGCGCGAGUGAAGGCACACCCUUCGACACUGUGCUCCCUGGAGAAGCCCAGGAGCACACUGCCCAGCUCUGAGUCUUGGCUGGUCAGGAAAGGUCAGCCACAGCCAUGGGGUCAGUGGGGUGGAGUCGGGCGGCCAGAGCUCCCUGGCCGUGGAGGCCAAGCUUCAGUGCCCUGCCCGUGAGCUGCUGGGAGGCUCCGUGGGCCGAGGCCUGCCCCAGUCAUCUGACAGUAUUUCUCUUCCUGUGUGCCCACCAAGCGCUCAUCUGGGCCCAGACCACUCCCAGUGCCCACCCGCCCCAGGGCAGCACUUGCUGGCUUGGAUGAAAGACGCGUGCUACCCAGGAACACGGUGGCUCAUGGGGGAGGCCGAGGGAGCGGCUCGCAGGCUCAGAUUGUCCUGGGACAUCUGUGUUUUGUCUGAAGUGAGAAGCCACGUGGGGUCCUGGGACAGGCCCGGGCCUCCAAAGGAGUGACUGUCUCCCUGUCCGCACGCUUUCCAGGUGGCCCUGCACCUCCCCGGCUUGUCUGAGUCCUUCGGGUGUCACUGAGAUAGUUGUUUUUUGAAGAAACAGAGAUUAUAUUUUUACAGAGAGCAAGCUGUCUCUUAUUUUUGUAUCGUUUUUCAGGUGACAUUUUUACCUUAGCUCUGAUCCUCAUUUGCUGGCUCGGGUGUGAGACCUGGUGGGUCUGCUGGGUCACACUCUGGUGCGUGGGCCGAGCACCCCGACCAGCCAGGUCAAGCACACAUCCCACCCAGAGGGUGGAGGCUGCCCGCCCGGGCGCCAUGGGUGCCAGCUGCCGGAUGGCCCUGCUCGUCAGCCUCCGUCGAUGAAGGCAGAACCCGCCCUGGGCCAGGGCUUCGGCCCCUGCAGGGAUGGUGCGCUCAAGUGCAUGGGGCGAGAUGGGGGCCGCAGGACCCCAGGGUGCCCAAGGGGAGGCAGGGUAUCUGUGACGUGUCCCCAGGGAUGGCUGUGGGGUGACACCCCUGGGUGGUGUCAGACCUCUCUCUGGGCCUUGGCAGUGCCCCAGGCUGGGUCCUGGGGACCAGGGUCAGUAAGUCCUCCUUGUGGGCACACUGGGGUGCUGUCCCCACACACAGCGGGGAGGGUCCCCGAGAGGAGGGGCCUCUUGGCAGAGCGAGUAGGUUAGUUCGAGUCCCUUUCACCGGAAGGGAGAUGCAGACUGACCGUGCUGCACCCCGGGAGGCCUGAGGCCUGUUGGGGAACAGGGGUCCACAGUCCAGCGGCUCGCAGGCAGCCGUGUUCCUUGGAGCCCAGGGGCCUGCUAGGGUCUGGGCUCCCUCUCAGAGACCAACAGGGUUUUCGCUGAAGCGCGUGAAUCUGGACAGAUGUUUAAUUUCUGUGACUAAUCACUGAGCUAGAUGAAUGUUCGAUUUUGUAUGUCCGGAGCUCGAGUCUAUUUUGAUCUGUAAAUAAUCAUUACUGGUGUCACUUUUGUUCUACAAAAGGAUUGUACUGUAUGGAGAACUGAUGAAAAACACCCUGUCACAUUUUUUAAGAAAACCUUGUUUAAAGAAAAGUCUUGUAUAAAUUAUAAUUUUUAUUUAAAUAAAUUAAAAUGCUUUGU